AUGCUCAUGAGUGAUGAGGGAAGUAACCUUAGAGGGCGCCAUCUCACCCCAGAUGCGAGAGCCGUCAUCGCCAACGUAAAGCAGUUCUUCGCUCAGCUGAAAGAACAUCUCGGGGCCACAGCACGUGGAACCGUUUUGGAUUCAGUGACAGCGAUAACUGCCACGGCGUGCGGUGUGUCCGACAAAGCUGUCGAACGGGUUAGUAACACACCGGUCGGCCGUGCGAUCCGUCGAUCGGCCCCAAAAACAGCGGUCAUGGCCGCCAUAAAUAACCACGGUACGCUAUGGGGUGAGCGUAUAAAGCGUCUGGUUCACGAACUGCUGAAGGAAGAGAAGGAUGUAACACUCGCGGAACUGCACCAACAAAUGACUGCAGCCUAUCCGAAUUUCGCGCUGUCGUCGAUGACUCUGUGGAGGCUGAUGAAGGGCCUCGGGUUCUCGUAUAAGCUUCUCAAGGGACAACGUUACAUCUUCGAGCGCGCGGAUCUUGCCCGCAAGCGAUCCUUAUACUUGAGAAAGGUGGAAGAGGCCCGAGAAAGAGGGGACUGCGUUGUCUACAUGGACGAAACAUGGGUCUUCGAAGGUAUGGUCAAGAGGAGAGGAUGGAUCGACAACACGUUGUCGCGCUUCCCUACCGCCGAAGAGCUACGCAGUACUCUUGCGGCAAGACUGCUGGAAGAACAAGGGAAGGCGCGGCAUUGUUAUAACGGCACUGUGCGAAGGAGGAGUAAUACCCGUAGGCAACGGAAUGCGCAGGACGACUAUCACCGAGAGAUGGAUCACUCGGUGUUCGAGGAGUGGCUAAGUAACACACCGGUCGGCCGUGCGAUCCGUCGAUCGGCUUCCAAAAGUCGUUCCAGGAAAGCAACGGUCAUGGCCGCCAUAAAUAACCACGGUACGCUAUGGGGUGAGCGAAUAAAGCGUCUGGUUCACGAACUGCUGAAGGAAGAGAAGGAUGUAACACUCGCGGAACUGCACCAGCAAAUGACUGCAGCCUAUCCGAAUUUCGCGCUGUCACAGAUGACUCUGUGGAGGCUGAUGAAGGGCCUCGGGUUCUCGUAUAAGCUUCUCAAGGGACAACGAUACAUCUUCGAGCGCGCGGAUCUUGCCCGCAAGCGAUCCUUAUACUUGAGAAAGGUGGAAGAGGCCCGAGAAAGAGGGGACUGCGUUGUCUACAUGGACGAAACAUGGGUCUUCGAAGGUAUGGUCAAGAGGAGAGGAUGGAUCGACAACACGUUGUCGCGCUUCCCUACCGCCGAAGAGCUACGCAGUACUCUUGCGGCAAGACUGCUGGAAGAACAAGGGAAGGCGCGGCAUUGUUAUAACGGCACUGUGCGAUGGAGGAGUGAUACCGGUUGCACCCAUGUUUUCGUCAGUAGGCAACGGACUGCGCAGGACGAAGUACACCGAGAAGAUGGAUCAUUCGGUGUUCGAGGAGUGGCUAAGGUCCGCAGUCCCCUUCAUGAAGGAGUUCGCAGCGGAAUAUGCGCACGCGCUACGAAUCCUGAAUUUAGUGAUAUCAGGUUCCGACUAGAAGCUCCAGGGUGCAGGAAUAUGGAAUUAUCUCAGCUCGCACGGCGUCGAGUGGGACUGGAUAGUACAAAGGAAGCUCUUUUAGAAGAGCUCGACCACUUCGUCGCUAGUCGAGGCGGCGCAGCAGCCUUGCGCUGUUACGCCGCUGAAAAGAUCUGCGAGGAAAUGGGAGUGAGCCUACUGAGGCUCCCUCCAUUCCACUGCUUCUUCAACCCUGUGGAGCUUUGCUGGAGUCAUCUUAAACAGCGCCUCAAUAAGAUAGGACGUCCCACGGAUAGGCUGGAAAUAGUAAAGUCAGAGGUAGGACUGUUGAAAUUUUGGGAAAGUGUGACGAGACAGCUCUGUGAAGGAUGGUGCAGGGAAGCGAUAAGGGAGGAGGAUAGCGCACGGCUCAAGGAGGCUUUAGAUGCUAACAACAACUUUGUUGAAGAUGAGGAUAUGUCGUCCUCGCCUCACAACUCAUCUGAUGAUAGUUUAACCGAUGAGUCUCUUAGUGAAUUUAGUUUAGAGCUGUAA